GGUAGAGAGAAAGAGGGGAGGGAAUGAAGAAGCCAGAGAGUGAGUGGCUUCCCUCAUUGGUGAAAAAACAUAAAAAAAAGGGCAAAGCUUUCUCAGCAACCCACCUCCCACACAGUCGAAGAAGAAGACACGACACGGUGGCGCCUACUCGCCGGCGAAUCAGACAGGGCAGAACCCUCGAAAUUCCCAUUCCUUACUGACAAUUCUCCAGGUUUCCCCACUUUUUUGUUUCUUUGUUUCUUUCUUUCUUUCUUUCUUUCUUUCUUUCUCAUUGAAGAAGACAUUUUUGAAAAAAAAUAAUGGGAAGGGUCGUUCGUUCCUUUUGACACUGGUAUAUAUACAGCCGCCUCUCUAUCGUCUCACAAAAUGAAAUUGUGAAAAUGGGUAUAGAAAUUUGGGAGUUCUGGCGUAAAUCUGAAUUGUCCGAAUCAGGUUUCUGAGGGAAUUUAAGUUUGUAAAUGAGAGGUAAGGGUAACCAGAAUCAUCUAGAGAAAGACGAGUACAAGGAUGAGGACUUGGUGGCGGCCGGUUCCAGAAAAGAUGGACCUUCGUCCAAUAUCUCUACUACUAACAGCAACACAACUAGCAAUAACAGAGAUGGGAAGAACAGUGACAAGGUUAGUGCCAUGAGAUCGAAACAUUCUGUUACCGAGCAGCGACGGAGGAGUAAGAUCAAAAAGGUUUAUUUCAUAUACUUAGGAAACUUAUUCCUCAUUGUGAUCAGAAGAGAGAUACAACAUCCUUUCUAUAAGAGGGCCGGUGUUCCCAGGAAAUUUGAUGAGAAUAACAUUGGUGUUACCCCCACCAUGCUUGCAACUGCACAUAAUACUCCUGCGGAACCUGACCCUUCACAAGAUGCCGCAUGCAACAAAGUCGUGGAUCACCAACAACCUGACAUAGCAAACAAGGGUUUCCCUCCUCCCAUCAGGCGUUUACAUACAACCAUGCCUCUCCAGCAAUCGUAUUCAGAUCCGCAAUCAUCUGAAUAUCCUGUGAGUGGUGAUUCACUGAACCAAGCGGAGGAACUGAGUAUAGAAGGAGGCACAAUCAGCAUCUCCAGUGCCUACACUGAAGGGUUGCUGAAUGCCUUGACACAAGCACUACAAACUGCAGGAAUAGAUCUCUCACAAGCAAACAUGUCAGUGCAAAUUGAUCUUGGGAAACGAAACAACAGAGGGUUGGCUUCUGGAACAUCAGCUAAUAAGAACCCUGCUGCUAACCAUCAAACGGCAAUUCAUCUGAGAGAUGUAACUGGUGCAAGAGAGUCUGGCCACGUCCAGAAGCGCUUGAAGACUUAGCCUUUGCUCUGGUCGUUUGAGUUUCUUCUAGGGUCCUUUUUUUGGGCUUUGUAAAUGGUUCUUUUCAUUUAUUGGUUCUACUGGCCACUUGAAUCAAUGGUUAUUCAUUCUAAGACCUCUGAGGUUAUAUAAAUAUAUGUUUGCUUAACUCACUCCAGCUUCACUUCCCAAUCUUGUACUGAUCAAUCAAGCUCAGCAGAAGCUUUCUGUCAAUUGACUCGAUUCUAAUGGUUUUUCUGAAUCCAAGAUACUUUUUUCCGAAGAGCAACCAACCCAAGAGAUUCAGACCAUUAGGAAAGGAAACAGAAG